AGCCAGCUCAUCUUUGAUUUUAGAAGACAGCCCUCGCCGAAAAAUUCCACACAGCGCUGCGUCACCAAAUCCGCACUCUGCCGCCAAAAUGCGGAACUGAAUGGAGUAGUCAGCUGCGGACAGAUCGCCCUGAAAAAAAUCCAGCAGGCGGCUGGCUGCCUCCUUGCCUCUAACCGGGUGAUCAAAAACUGUCACGAACUCCGCCUCAAAAGUUUCGAAUGAAUUACGGAUCGCGGGCCUUGUGUUGCUUACCGCCAUGGCCCAUGUAGCUGCUUUACCGUGAUUAUCAGACGACAACAUGCCCAGCAAGAGGAAGAAGAACCUGCGACGCAUGAGGAGAGCAAAAGCGCAGAGACGAGCGCUGGAGGAACGCAGCACCUGUGGCUCACCCGCAAAAUCUUUGCCCGCAGUUGCCCUGAAACAGCCUAAAAAGAACAAGGAAAGUGCCCAGGUCCGACCUCAAGUCCUAGAAUCGAUCCCAGAACUGGUGCCACCUGGAGAGAUCAGUCAAGUCAAGCCUGAAGUCUUUGCACAGGAACCCGUGGCAGAAGCAAAUGAGCCAACCUCUGAACCGGAACCAGAACCAGCCAUCAGACAAGAGGGCACCCAGGCAGAGAAGCAACUGACUAAGCCAGAACAAGAACUCAGAUCUGCACAGGAAGUGGUUUCCAAUGCAACAAAACCCACAACUGUGGAAAUAAAGUCAGUAGAACAGGUUAUAACUCAAGUACCAGAACUGGUCAGUUGCACUUUCGACCCAAAACCAGCAAUUGCAGCAGAACUGGUCAAUAAGGUGGAGCCAAAAACGGAAGAGCAAGUCAUAGGCAAUGUAGCAGAAUGGGUCAGAUGCACCUUUGAAGCCGAACAACCAAUAGAAGCAAAACCGGCCGUAAAGCUGGAAACCGAAUUUGUAGAGCAGGUAGUAGCCAGUGUACCAGAAGUGAUCAGUUGCACAUUUGACCCAGAACCAGAACAAGUGGCAGUCAAAAAGGUGACAGAGGAGGUCGUCUCUUGCACGUUGAACCCUGAACUGGCCAUCAAGGUGGAAUCAGGGUCGAUAGAGCAGUGCGUUUCCAGUGUACUAAAACUAGAAGGUUGCAAUGUUGACCCAGCAUUGAUAAAGCAGACCUUACCAGGUGAACCAGAACAAGUGGAACUCAAAGCAAUCCCUGAACCAGAACCCAAAGAGGUCUCCAUGCCAAAACCAGUUGUUGAAAUGGAACAGACUGUUCAUCAGGUAGCAGAACAGGUCGUCACCUGCUCACUCGAUUCAGGACCAGGGACUGAAGCAAUCGAACCUGGGCAGGUCGUUGUCCAGAAAAUAGAACCAGACCUAGAGGUUGUCGCCUGCAUACCUCAAAAAGAACCAGCAGCUGAAGGCGAACCUGUUGCGGUUAAAAGUGAAUUGGAAUCGUUGGAGCAGCUUGUUGAACCUACCACUGAAGAACCUGCAGAAAUCCAAGAGGAAAUACAAUUGGAGACUGUGCUGAAGGUCACCUAGUUCCAGAGGUCUAUAUUAUAGGACAGACCUUCAACACACCCCUUUUUUAUUCUCGAUAACGCACGGUUAUUUGGUGGACUGGAAGACUUCAUGCAAAUGAUCCAUGUGACUUUUGUUUUUAUAUUCCAGGCUUAGAACAGGAAAUUAAUGGAGCUCACGCUUUUAAGUGCCUUUGUUCCUGUUCAGAACCUCCGCUCCCUGUCCCCGUUUCCUUACGCCCCUCCAAACUGCCCCAGGCAAAGGCUUGAUCAGCCAGGUUUACCCCAGUGGGACUGCAUUGUGGAACUUCAGGCACGUCAUGAUCUGUGAAUCGUUUAGAGUGAAAGACAAACAUGCAACUUGGACCUUUCCGCUCAAAAAAAAAAAAAAAAAAAAAAAAAAAAAAGGAAGGACAUGCAUGCCUAUUUUCCACUGAACAGUACAGUUUAGUACCCUCAUAGUUUGGUCUUUUGUGAAGAAAUGCUUUAAAAAAACGCCCUCGAUACAACUUGUAUCUUCUAGUAAAACCGAAAGAACUGGUCAAGAUUUACAGUGUAUCAAACUGAACCAGACUGUUUGGAGGAAAUGAAGCUUUAGUGUACUAGAAUCUAUUUGCUACAAAAUAAAAACACAUUUCUGUUCCAUUUUUUUCCCCUUCUAUUCUUUUGGUAUCAUGCAUUGUUAGUUCUAUUGUUGGGAUGGGGGAUGUCCACCACAUAUUUGGUAGGGUUUUGUUUCGGAACUUUUGAAAUAAAGCUCUUAAAACUGCAGAUCCUUUUUUGUUGUUGUUUAGUAAAACACAAUAUGCUCAGAUUGGGCUAUUAAAUGCUAAUCCAAGAGCAUUUUGCCAACUGGCCCAAGCAUAUUUCUUCAGAGGUAAUUGUUUUGCUGAAAUGUAAAGAAGUACUCUGGUGUAUUGGGUAGAGAUCGACAGAUAAGGGUAUUUCAGGACCAAUACCGAUUAUUAGUAGUUAGAGGGGGCAAUAACUGAUUUUUUUGAUAUUUGCAGUAAAAUUGUAUAAAUUGGCGUACAAUUCAUCCAAACAUUGAUGCUUUGUGUUCGGAGUUUCUCACACAAGAAAACUUCGUCUUACUGGUUCAGUGUAAUUAUUCCCCAACUCAGCGGUCAUGGGUUCGAUUAUCCGCCCUGAUGACCUCGUCUAAGUAUCCUUGAGCAAAAUGCUCGAUCCCACGUUGCUCCUGGUACUGCGUCACCAGUAAGUAGAUGAAGAUAUAGAGUGAAGCGCUUUGAGAGCCUUAAAAAGGUGGAAAGGCGCAUACAAGUGUAACUCGCUUUACCAUCACCAUUCAUCCCUGCGCUGUCAUAUGUACUUUGCGUUCCGGCACCUUAUGAUUUACAAAUUAAGCACUGCAUUUAACCAAUCAGAGGACGAGGUGAAAAAAAAAGGCCGAUACACGUCAAAUUUCCAAAUAUCUGCACCGAUAAUCGGUCCAUCUCUAGUGUAAUAUAUAUAUAUAUCCUGUUAUUUAAAUGAGAAGUUUCAGUACAAAAAAAUGACAUUUAAAAACAUUGCCAAGAUAGGCUGAUACAAAUUUAUAGUAAUUUAAUAUGUGUACUAAGUGAUUAAAUACAUUUUAAAAAUGCAAUUUUAUUUUGAAAGUAACAAUUGGAAUAGAUUAUUUAUACUCAAAAUCCGAUGAAUCAGACUUGGUUGCAAAAAAAAAAAAAAAAUGUGAUUGGGGCUUGCCUAAAUUGAGAUCAAAAUCUAUUUUUGUACUAAGGAAACAAAGUCAGUAAAAAGGAAAAAGACGUUUCCUUCAGAGGCUUUAAUCAUUUGCUUUUGUUCUUACAUUCAUAUUCAUUAGGUAUGACAAUUUCUUCUUGUACAGUGAAAUACUGUAUUGAUAUUCUCCUGCAUUAUACCUAUGAUUAUAUUGUCAAAUCAAAUAAAAAAAAGACAAAAUGCAUGUAAAAAACAAGCAAAAUGUAUGACACAAUAGGAAUUAUAUAUUUGUGUAAAAAAAAAAAAAAAAAAAAAAAAAAAACAUUGUUAUUCACCUUUGGAAUGAAAUCAUGAAAGAAUCCUCGGACAUGUCCCUGUCACCCUCUAAUUAUAUAUUAUCAUAUGAAAAUCUAACCAAUACUUUUUUGAAUUCUAAUUCUUUUUAAUUAGGCAUGAAGAGAAUGUCCAAAAACUAAUAAUAAUAAUAAUAAAUAAGAACAUGAUCGGAUUGGUCCAUGAGGUAAAAAUGUGAGCGAGCUAAAAAGAUGGAAGUCAAUUAACAAGCGUGUCAUGUUAUUCUUAGAAAACACACACAAGCACGCACGUAUACACACACAUAAAUCUGUCACUCAAACAUCAUCUUCACAAAGUCACUUGAUGGGUGUUUUGUAUUUACAAUAAUUAUACACACAAUGGACCCCUCCAAAUAUAUAUAACGCUCACCCUGUUAUGCUUCAUGACAUUAAUCAGAAAUCAGCAUAGCAGAGCAGAGCAUGAGGCUGACAGGUUAACCUACGGCUUUCAAGAUAAACUGCUUUGAUUUCGGAGGGUUUUAAUAGUUAGCAUGACACUAAUUAAAUGUUCGCCACCCUCCAUUUUUUAAGAGCCUUGCUUUUAAUGGCUAGCCACAAAGCAUUACACAAGCUGGUGGGUUGGGGGGGGAAAAGGUGCACUUUGUAUUUGUGGGUGUUGCUUUUUUUAUUUAUUUUUUUAAAUAAGAUAUUAGCACUAUGCUAACUGGUGUACGAUUGCGUGUGCCAACGAUAGUAAUAAAAGCAUCACAUGUGGUGUUUAGCAGCCAUUUUGUACAUGUGGUCUGCAAUACUGACAGGCAACAUAUCAACUGUUACUAUUUUAUCUUGAAGUCUCUUUUGUGUGUAAGAUUAGUUACGAUUCAUCAGCAUUUGGGAAUUCCUUGCUCGCUCUCCGAUUGUCACUACUGGCAGUGUUAGUGGCAGAGUUUUUUCUAUUUUUCACAAGUGUAGCAAGGAUGUGGAGCGUGAAAGGGGCAUAACCUCUCAGACACAACCUCUCCCUGCCCCUCCCCAAAAAGACCCAAUGUGGGCUCAGCCGUGUCCACUAAGGCUCGAUUUUUGUUCGAAUCCAGUCCAAAUCUAGACUGGUUUUCUGUGUGUCAUUUUUUAUUGUUUUUCUUUCCACUAAAAGAGAGCUUUUGAUCCCUGGUUCUCAAACUCAGACCAGGCGUCGUUGAGCUCCAUGAAGAUCAUUUUCGCGUAGUCCUCAUAUGGCUUGCCCGUCGCCUGUAGGGGAUGCAUGUUGAGUGAAAACAAGAAGGAAGAGGAGACAAAAACGUGACUGGUCGAUGUGAUGUCAUAAAAUGUCAAACAUUUAGCUCAUUAAUCGUCAGAGGUGGGUAGAGUAUCAAAAAUUUUACUCAAAUAAGAGUAGCGUUACCUCAAAAUACCAUUACUCAAGUAAAAGUAUUCUUCCAAAAAAUGUACGCAAGUACAAAUAGAACAUGGGUGUCCAAACCUGUCCGCAAGGGCCGCUGGUUUUUGUUCCUACCAAUCGAGCACAGACAGUUUAACCAAUGAAGUUUGGACUAAAACAAGCAGCACCUGACUGCAAUCAAAUGAUUACACUUGUGAGACACCAGAUUGGUGAAGAGAUGUCAUCUUGUUUUGUAGGAAUGAAAUCCAGCACCCACUGCGGCCCUAUGUGGAAUAGUUUGGACACCGCUGAAAUAGAAAGUAUCCAGUGAAAAGAAUAUUUAAGGGUUUAAUGAGCAACAUUUUGACAAUCUAUAUGAACUGUUGUUUCAUGAUACUGUACAAUAACCCAUUACAUAACCACAUUAAGCCAAAAAAAAAAAAAAAAUCAUUAAAGACAGAGAGAAAAAAUAAACAAACAGUAAUGAAGCAUUAUUCGUCCAAAGAGCAUGAGUGCCCUGUCCUCUAGUGGAGAAAAUAGUAACUAGUUUGAGUAGUGAAUACUGUAAUUCCUUCAUAGUUGUUAUUAGUAUGAAAUUAAAAGGAUCAUAUCUCCGGUUUUCCGUGGUCAGUCGGUGCCAAAUAAAAACUGGAAGAGCGUUUUAAAUCCGCGAUUUCGAUUCACAUUGAGGGCAGCGCUCUAUGUCAAAUACUUCAUUUUUUACGGUGCUUUAAAAAGGCAUGAUUGAACAGGCUUGCGUGAUCAUGAACGGCAAGCUUGCGUCUGAUUGGUAUAAUGGAGUCAUGUGAUUAAUGUUGCGAUGUCUCAUUGAUAAAAUUACCGUAGUAGCGCUACUCUUGGCAAUAGCUUCGCUAGCGAAAAAAAAAUCUAAUAUGUAGUAUAAAGAGGAAAAAUGUAACGGCCCUUGCUCUUGUAUAGCCCAAAGUAGCGGAGUAAGAGUAGCGUUUUUUUUCUUCACAAAUCUACUCGUGUAAAACUUAUGGCUUAGUAAAACUACUCUUGGAAGUGCAUUUUUUUUUCAAAAAGUUACUCAAGUAAAUGAAACUGAGUACAUGUAACUAGGGAUGGGAAUUGAUAGGAUUUUUACGAUUCCGAUUCCAUUAUCAAUAUUGCUUAACGAUUCGAUUCUUUAUCGAUUCUCUUAUCGAUUCUAAUUUGGGGAAAAAGAAGAACAAACGUUUUGAUUGGCAUCGAGUUUAAUCAGAAGUCACAAACUUACAAACUCACAACGAGGUCAAAAGAGGCCCAAAACCCCAAUAUUAACUGUGGCAAUAAGUGGCAAAUGCACAAGAAUGUGUAACAUUUUACUGAAACAUUUUUCUAAUAGAAAUAAAAACUAUGAAAAUGAAUGAAUAUUGGCAUAUAGUUCGUUUUUCUGCCGUUGGCAAUAUGUGUUAAAGCAGGGGUCCCCAAACUUUUUCCUGUGAGGGCCACAUAACUUUUAACUGAUGAGGGGCCGGGGUCAGUUUGAACAGAACACAGAAAAAGUGUGACGAUUGCAGGAGUGCCGAAAUGUAAAAAAAAUAUUGCUUUUCAGAAAGCUGCAAUCAAAUAACCCUUUUUGGAUUCUUUACAGAACAAAAGUAAAUAAAAUAAAAAUAAUAAUAUUAUAUAAUAAUAAUAGAUAACAAUAACACUAUUAAUCAACUAGAUAAUAACCAAAUAACCCUCUCUGAGUUCUUCACAGAAAAAGGCCAGAAAAUAAAUAACACUAUGAAGAAAAAAAAAAAAAAAAAAAUUUUAUGCUCUCUGGUAUUGUUCAGGGGCCGGACCAAAUGUGGGGGCGGGCCGUAUCCGGCCCGCGGGCCGUAGUUUGGGGAGCCCUGUUAAAGUGUAUUAUUUACCAGUAUAUUGAAAUGCAUUAGUUUUUAUGGCGCUUUCAUGCUCAUGUGGGGGCGCCCUUGCGCUUCCUCACGCGAAGAAGAACGCGUUCAUGUGAAGAAGAGCGCGCUUACACGCGAAGAAGAAAUGCCGCAUCCAAGCGAGUGAGCGAGUUCGGGAGAGAGGGGAAACACUGCUACGAGCCUACGUUCUUUUUUAAUGUUUGUAAAAUAUCUACAGAGUCAACGCUUGUAUGUAUCAUCUUUUGUGUUGUUGUUGUGUGCUUCCACUCGCGAUCGGACACUUAAAUCCAGUUGUGUAGUAGUUUGAACGAUGUACUAAUGCUAGCAAACGCAUGCUAACCGUUUAGCUGUAUUAGCAGCUAAUCAUCGCUGAUUUACGUUGAUGCAAACCUGUUUGUUAUUGGGGACGAAACUGAUUAGUUUCAUUUCUAUUUUUAGUUUCACUCUUCAAGUGAUGGUUGAAUAAAGUCAGCAAAUUAUACCAACGUCUUCUGUAUCCUCAUUUGGGAGUUUAGCUAGCUAUAUAGCCAGGACUAAGCCUUAGCGUCUCUGUGAGGACAGUACAGUCUUAUUCCCUCCCGAUGCAGUUAUCUCCACCUUGCAAGACUGCAAGUCGUUUUGUUGUAAUUUUUCCUUGUGAAGUAAAGACACACUUUCGAGCGUUUGAACCUACGUGCUGUCAUUGUUAUGUUUACGGCUGCAAUGCUCGUGCUAAACCAUUGUAACCUUUCAUUUUCACCCUCAUUCCUGGUGAAGUGUAGCCAAACUUUGGAGCGGGUGGUUCUUGGCGCCAUGCUAGUUUGAUGCGUCUGGACAACAAGACACGUCACAACGCAAUAUGCGUCUUUAGGAAUCGUUAAAGGGAUCGUUCAGGCUUUUUCAUUGUGAUGUCGAGGCCUCAAAACACAAGGAACCGGUUCUGAAUUGGAAUCGGAUUUCGAUUCCCAUCCUUACGUAACGCGUUCCUACCCACCUCUGUUAAUCGUUCGGCUAAAUUGACAACUAUUUAAAAAAAGGAAUAAUCAUUUUUUAGCCUUUCCAGUGAAACCAAGCACUUGUCCGAAAAUGAAUUAAAAAUACUUUUUGCGGUCCUUUUUGGAGCUUUCCACUGUUUAAUGUCUAGCGAAACCAAAUGGUGUUUAUAGCGCACCUUAUCUGGAUGGACAACUAGGACAGCCUUCCUGUAGAACCUCUUCACCUGGUCAGGCGUUACCAGGUCGGCCAUGCCGACCGGCUUCCAACGGUUCUCGCCCUCCCACAGCACCGUGUGUAACGUAGACAGCAGCGCUCGGAUGUUCCUUUCCUUGCCCUCGAUCCAGUCCAAGAUCUAACGAGAGAAGGAUUAAACGUCACCUAAACAAACGUGGUGAUGGGAAAACAGCUCUCAAAGUGAACAUCACGUCACUGUUGAAAGCAACUGUUGAAGAGAAGUCAUAUUGGAUCUUGACUAUAGUUUGCCAAAAAGCAUGUGAAAGACUCCAUGAUCAGAUUCUUUGGUCUGAUGAGACCAAAAUUGAGGUUUUUGGACAUCAGACAAGAUGUAAUGUUUGGCGGAAACCAAACACUGUGCAUCACCAAAAACACACCAUCCCCACUGUGAAGCAUGGUGGUGGCAGCAGCAUCACGCUAAGGACCUGGAAGAUAGACUGCAGAAUGAAUGUUGCAAAAUACACUGAAGUCCUGUGGAACAAUCUUCUUCAGUCUGCAACAGAACUACAGCUUGGGAUAAGAUAAAUACUGCAAAAGCUACACAGGAAUGGUUAAAAAAAGAACCAGGUAAAUGUUCUGGAGUGGCCGAGUCAAAACCCAAACCUCAAUCCUAUAGAAACAUGCCAUUAAGGACACUGUCUCAACUUUUUAACAUUGCCAUUCUCUCUAAUAAAUUACCUUAUUUUCCUCUGACGCUCAAGACACACACUUUCUUCUACCCAGACAUAUUUCACCAGUAAAAAAAAUAAAAUAAUUUGGAGUUUUAAUUCUACAUAGCAUAAUCUACAGAAUGUGCCUAUUUAAUAUGGUGAUAAUACUCUAAUCACUCCAUAAAAACAAUCUACACAUGGGUCCUUAAUAUGGUAAUUGAUGCUCGGAACUUUGGCUGUGAUGAUGCAUAUGAGUUGAUACUUCCGCGAAGCACCUUCGAGAGAUGUGCUGCGUUCAUGUGUGUCUGGAGAUCCGACAUCCCAAGUUGGAAAAUCAUUCUUAUGUGCUGUAAAGUCAUAAUGUGGGAUGAAAACAUGGUUGCUAACUUGCUACAUAGAAGAGUAGCCUAUUUUAAUGCUCCAACCAGUGUUGUUUUCGUCAACGAUGACGACAACGAAAACAGACACAGCAGGAAUAUUAUUUUACUGCAUUCAGUGUGUAACUCUCACCAAAAUAAAGCUAGUGUUGUGAUAAUAAGUGCUUACAUGACUGUCAAUGUUCAUUCGAAAUUGUUGGAAACCUUUUUUUUUUUUUUUUUACUAAAACUUGUGUGUUCGGCAACCAAUACUAGUCAAAAAUUUUUUGAGUACACUAAAACUUGUUGGACUAUUCGUUGACUAAGACUAAAACUAACACAUUUUGAAAUGACUAAAACAUGACUAAGACUGAAAAGUAUUUUCGUCCAAAAGACUUAAGACUAACACUAAAAUUAAAAUGGCUGCCAAAUACAACACUGGCUCCAACGAUACAUGACAAGUUGAGUGCCUGUUUGGCGCUUUUUAUAGACAUCAUGUGACAGAGAUUCUUUUUCUCGAUUACUCCAACAACACAUGAAUGCAGCAUCAAUAUUACGGGCGUGUGCCAAAGUGCCAAUCAUACAAUCGACAGUGCAAAUGAAACUUUCUCACUUGCUAUACAGGUUAGUGCCAGAUAAACCACCCAUCCUUGAUGUUCUGUAUUGAUGUUUGUUUGGUUGCCUAUUCCUAUGAAUUUAAAUGCUUCAACUUUACUCUUGUACUCUUCAGGCACUUAACUGCAAUAAACUACUCUGGGCCCAAAUUGAAAUAGCAGAUUAGCUGUCGUCUUUUAGAGAAGUGGCUAGGAAUACAAUGACAAUUAAAUGAGAUUUGAGUGAGAGGCUCUCACUCAAGAGCUUUGUCUAAUGUUGUGUUGAAAUGAUACAGUAUGUUACAUUUGAACUGUAUCAAUACUGAUGCUUUGUAUAUGACCAAAAUGAAUAGAAUUCAUCUGUAUGAUUCAAUUGCCUAUCUUUGGGAUAUAACCUCUAACAAUUUUGUGUGUGUGCUCAUCGUAAUUUCCAGUUUUUUUUCAAACAAGCAUUUCAUUUGUUACUGCAGUCUCUGCAAUCUGCGACAAGAUGUAUUUUUUGUUUUUAUUUCUAUUGGACUCAAAGAGCAUUACUCUUGCAAAUGGAUAUUAGAAAGUUAUUUUCUCACAGCAAGGAUAAAUCAGCCAGGAGGAAUGACAGAGGUCAGCUAGGUAACCAACCUAGGCAACAUAAACCAAGUCACAACCUACCAGUUGAGAAACACUGAUUAUUUGCACAACAGUUACAGUGAUAUAUCCCCAUUUUUGUCCCGACAAAGUAGAGUUGCAGAGUGCAGGAGUGAUGGAAGUUGAUGAGAACGAGCAGAGGUGAAUGACUAUCAACAAGGGAUGUCCCAGUUUUGAUUUUGAAUACUGAUGGCUGAAAAAAAAAAAAAGUCACUUUUUAACAAAAAUCUUUUGUUUGUUGUAUUUUGGUUUGAUCAUAUAAAGUUUAAAUUGCUAUUUCUGACUUUUUAUGAUGGAUAAGUGCUAAAAAAAAAAAAAAAAAACAUUUGUUUGCCCACCAGUGCCACAGUAUUCUUUUAGGUCUAGUGACGCCCCUGCUACUACCGAACAUAAUUCAGUGUUUGUACUGCACUUAUAUGUUCUCUAUUGCAAUAUGAGUUGCCCAAAUGUGUUUGACUUCCAUUGUGUUGUCAAUUCUCUCUCACAGAAGCGCCCCCCCCACACACACACACACACACAAAAAA